AUGGGGAUAAAGGAAAACGAGCCUUGCGAUUGCAAAGGUGAACAGAAGAAAGGAGAUAACAUUUUUUCGCCGCUCAAGAGCAAAAUGAAAGUUCUGAAGAAGAUCAAACGUCGCAUGGGAUUAGCAUCUCGUUCUUCAUCUAGUGGUGGUGGUACCAACAACCUGCCUCCAUUACUAUUCCACAACGUCCAUGGCGAAAACGUUAGAAUCUCACGAGAUGGCACCGUUGCCAAAAGAGUGGAAAGUUUCUGCAAAGGAAUUGCCUUCAGUUCAAGACCCGUCAAAGUCAACGAAAAAGUCUGCAUCAAGUUCCUCGAGAUAUCGAACAACUGGUCCGGCGUGAUCAGAUUCGGUUUCACCUACAACGAUCCCACAGGUCUCAGGUACGGCUUGCCGAAGUACGCAUGCCCAGACCUCACCAACAAACCCGGCUACUGGGCCAAAGCCCUACCAGAACGCUUCUGUAGCCAGGGAACCGUACUUUUCUACUACGUAACCUCCACUGGAGACGUGCAUUUUGGCAUCAAUGGCGAAGAAAAAGGGAUUUUCUUCAGCAGCGUCGAGACCAGAGGACCUCUAUGGUGCCUAAUUGACAUCUACGGCAACUCCACUGCCAUAGAAUUCAUUGAUAUCAGGCACCAGCUGAACAAUUCUUCAAGGAACUGUGACAAUGUCCCUAGUAGGGACACAGUGGAGAGGAUAACUUACCCCAUGCAGCAAAUGGGGAUCCAAUCGAAUGAGGAAAUGACUCUUCCAUUGCUGCGGUUUCAACCGUCCCAUUUGAGCUACCAAGCAAUGCCCUUGCACCGAACCAGAGGCAGAAACGUCAGGUUCAUGGGCAACAAUCGUAGCGUUGCAUUCAGGACUGACACGGAGUUUUGCCAAGGGUAUGUCUUCACCGGAAGGCACCUGCAACUAGGAGAAAGGAUCGUGGUGCAGAUCCUAGGCACCGAGCCUAUGUUCCAAGGGUGUUUGGGCAUCGGACUGACUUCCUGCGAUCCUGCUACUUUACAACAAGGCGAUUUACCUGAUGAUUCUAAUUUCCUGCUGGACAGGCCCGAGUACUGGGUGUUGAGUCGGGAUUUCGCCAGGAAUCUGAACAAAGGAGACGAGAUCAGCUUCUGCAUAUCUCAGAGCGGAGAGGUGCAGAUCAGCAGGAACGGAGGACCUCCCUUGGUGGUCAUCCACGUAGAUCAGACCUUGAGGCUAUGGGCUUUCUUCGAUAUCUACGGGUCUACUCAGCGGAUCAGGGCGCUGAGUAGUCCCAGUCCUGUUUCCCCGGGAAGGAACUUGGAGAGGAGGAUAAUCAGUCCGACGACCGAGUCGAUGAACAGCCUCAACAGUCAAUCUGAGAUGCGGAGGCAGCAGCAGAACGCCAGGGUGUGCUGCGUAGCUCCAGCUGAUAUCCAGGUGCAGCCCAGUGCGAAUGGGGGAGCUGUUUUGUCCGUGAUUCUGCCCCCUACUCACGCUAAUAUCAUCGGAGGUUCCGGUCCUGCUGGGAAUCAUCUCCAGCACGUCUCAGGGUCUCAGCAUCUGCAGCAGGUCUCAGGGUCUCAGCAUCUGCAGCAUGUCGGGUCUCAGAGCUCGGUGAACGGGCAUCAGAGUCAGCUUGUUUAUGCUGGGCAUUCGAACCAUUCCUCGCCUAUGACGCCUGUUUCCGGGGGAUUAGUGGCGCCUGUUCCGGCAGCCAGUAUACCGGGUGGUACCAUGAUGUCGACUUGUAGCAGUAAUUACGUGGAGCCCAUCUCGGAUUCGAGCACCUACUCGACCCCGCUGUCUUGGGCCGAACAAAAUGGCGCCAUGGUGGGUACCGGCACCGAGUGCACCAUAUGCUACGAACACCCUAUAGACGCAGUUUUGUACAUGUGUGGCCACAUGUGCAUGUGCUACGAGUGUGCUCUGCAGCAAUGGCGGGGAAAAGGGGGCGGCCAUUGCCCCUUGUGCAGGGCCGUCAUCAGGGAUGUCAUUCGUACCUAUAAGUCGUAG